GAAGAAGUCGAUAGUUUGAAUUCGAUACUCCCACAACAACAUUUAUAGCAAAGGUAAAAGGUAACCAACUAACCAAGAGCGUUCACAACACGGCAACGCAACGUAGGUAACUCCUUAUCCUUUCAGCUUGUAAAGCGUCGGACGAGUUUGACUUGACUCCUUUGUGGAAAGGAAAGGGUUAUUACACAUUACAUUUUGAGACUUUGUGUUCUGUUCAUCACACGUUGGCUCACAAAAGUUGGAGUUGCAGUUCAGUAUGCAUUUGUGAUUUGUGUACAUCACAGUUGCCUGGUUAAAGCUCUUUUGACUCUGCAUCGUGCUCUCCAUGCAUACAUAAGUAAAAUGCAUUGUGUUACAAAAUAAUCAAUGGAAUGGAGUCUCUCUCUCGUCCUGUAAGUAAAAUACUUCACACAUAUUUAUGCAUCUAAAAACCUAAUCAAGUGGUAAUCAAUACACGAUAGCAGCAGUGAAUUAAGUGAUGGUUGGUUGCUGACUCAUCUUACCUUCAAGUUACCGUGCAACCUUAGUAAACAAUAGUUGUGAAGAAAAAGAUAUAAAAAUCGGACACCUUGUAAUAAUUUCUUGGUCGUCAUCUUGCGAAUAAAUGCUCGAUUUUUGUGCAUGCACAAGGAACCUGAUUACAGUACGGCGUAUGUACAUCAUCAUUUCGUUGGAGUGAGACGACUUGAGACAUUAUUAUUGCAGUAAAAUAAAACUAAUGUGUGUGGAUUAAAGUGUGUGCAAAAAAUAUAGUAAAUCGCAAGUGUUGAUUAUUCCGUGAUGAACAAAGAUUUAAUUCUCCAAGAAAGGGAGGAAAAUUGCUGAUUGUGAAAUUUUGAUGAAUCUGAGUGCACAGAUAAAAAAACUUAAUUGAGAGGACAGGUAUUAAGAGAAACUAUAAACUUACAUAAAUCUUAUGAAAUUUGUUUUGACGAAUAUGCGUAAAAAUUGUGACAAGUGACUAAUCGUACGUAAGAACUUGAAAUAAAGUACAAUUGGCAAACAAAUUGUCACGCGAGAACAAAAGCUUCAAACAAACCAGGAUGACCAAGAUUAUAGCGCAAACAACUACCUAAAAAUAGUUUUCAACAACCACCACCACUUCCCGUAAACAACACCCUCCAGCAAAGAUCAAAAUGCUCUUGACCUUAUCCAAGAAAUCCGCCAUGUACACGACCACGCUUUGCGUCGUGCUCCUUCAAACCCUCACAAUGACCCACAUGCUCCCAAUGUCCGCUCCGAUAAGGACGGCAGAAGAAUUGAAUCAAAUGAUCGACCCCGUCUUCCAAUCUGAACAGGACGAGAAUCAGCUCGAAUCUAAGAAAAUUGUGGCCAAAUCCGUGUACAAUACGGUGAUUCGCGUCACCACGACGCCAUGUCAGUCCGGAAUGCAGCGGGUGAAGGAGGGGGGACCCUGCGUGACGAGGUAUACAGGAUCAGGCCCCGUUUUCGAUGAAGAAUUUCAGCUCUCGAUCCUCAAGGGGAUUACCGGAGGGGGUCGGAGACCGACGAGCAGCAAGCAUCGAAAUCGACACAGGACCACGACCACGCCAAUCCCAUCAACAACCACAGCGAUUGAGACGGCCGCACCAACGACGUGGGGAUUACCUCCGACUGCUGCGGAAAACGUGGAAAACGAAGAAUCACGACCUCAAUCAAACGGAGAUGUAAAGAAGGUUGGUAACGUCGAGAUGCUGGACAUAGAAGUUGACACCACGAAAACCCAAGAACCGCAAAUUCACCCCGACAUGACCGUAAUGCCGGCUUCUUCCAUCUCCUCGCCGUCAAUGUCAGUGCCAAUACCGACUCCGCAACAAGGUCCAAGGCCACUGCCUACACCAACAAUGAUGACACCGGCUCCUCCUGCAUCGACAAACAACGGCUCGAGUGAAAAUGUUACUGCUGAAACAGAAGUAUUGAAACUUGAGGAUCCUGUCGAAACACUUUCUCCAGGAAAAAUUGGGUCCAUUAUUGCCUCUAAUAUGACAACUUUCCUUCCUCCUCAAAAUCUAGGGAUCAAGGACGACAACGAUGAAGAACAGACAACUGAAACCAGUACGGAUUUCUCAACGACUAUGAUCUCGAUUAUGAGAGAAGAUGAGAUCAUAAAUUUUGACGACGGGACGAAUACUACGCAGGAACUGGAGGAGCAAGUCAUUGACGCAACCACAGAGACAACAACUCUUCCCUCCUCACUGAUGACGACGAUGGGUCAAAGUGUCACGGCCAACGAGACUGGGGAAGAAGAGGACAAGGUCGUCAAUAAUAUUCACCCGGAUACUUUUGACCCAAUAAGCAAUUCAAGCAUUAUUGUCACCAAACCUCAAAAUGAGACUGAACCCGACCAGAUAGCAUGGCCGGAAUCAGGAUCCGGUGUCAAUGCCUCCCAUCCACAACCGAGUAACAGCACUCUGACGGUGGUAACUUCAGAUACACCUGUCACCAUCAUAAUUCCACUCCUUGUUCCCCAACUUAUCUCCAACACCAAGAUCCAAACACCACACAAUUUCACGGAGAGUGAAAAUGACACAAGGAUGACGGAUGGGAACACCCGUCUUCCGGAUCUUAAUGGAGCUCAAAAUACGGGACAUCAUGUUCAAAAAACAUCAUCAUCACCAGAAGGAGACUUGGCUUCCACCUUUAUCACGAGCCCAACAGCAGCAGCGAAAGACGACGAAAUGGAAGAAGGCUUAUCCAAUGUACCAACAUCUCCUCAGCCGCAUCAGUUGAUACAGAUAAAUGACUUUGAAAUGGAUCCACUAAGGAAGGACGACCCUACUCCAGCCGUGAUGAUGAUGGAAGACACGGAUGUGAAAGUUGAAAAUAUUUUCAAAACUAAACCUCAAGAUGAAUUAUUUACACGUCCAAAUUUGGACAAAAUCACGAGCUCUUCAUCUUCCGUGGAAGAAAUCUUAUCCACAGCCAUACCCUCUUCGCCUCCGAUGAGUCUAGCUCAAGAAAUAUUAUCCAGACUGAAGCCAAUUUCUCAGUCAUUAUUGAGGUUUCAUCAGUCGACAGAAACGCCACCGUCGACUUCGUCUCCAUCACUUCCUUUUCGGAGGGGUGAUAUUUCACCGGAGCUGAUUCUGAUGAGGGAAAUUGACCCAGAUUUUCCCAGCAGCAGUGAAUUUGGAGAGGAAGAGAUUGACCAAAGUCAUCACCGAAGUAGGAGUCGAAACAGGGCUAGAAGUUCGGAAGUUUUGGACAUUUCGUCACAAGCUAGGGCCAUGCCGUCAAAUACGAGGUCUGACGAGAUUGAGGACGUCGUUCCUGUCGCCCAUUUCCAAAAAAUGUUAUUUACACCUGCUGAAACGGUUGAUUACACAAGAUUGGGAGAUAAAUACCGCAGAUUUAGAGUAUUUUAAUUAGAGCUAUGUCAUAAAAAUGUCUGCUAAAUGGGAAGGAAGGAAAGCUGAGAUCUCGGACAAAUUAACAAAAUGUACAGUAUUUAUAACCCAAAUAUACCCAACAAACAGUACAUACAUACAUAAAUAACUCUAUGCUAAAGAACGAUUCUCGUCGUGUACAUACAUAUUUACAUUAUUUGUGUAAAUGUUAAUAAUUCUAGUACAAAAUUGAUUAAUUAUCAGUAAUAGAUGUGCUUUGUGGAUAACAAAUUAUUUAUUUAUAAUGCAGUCCCAACUAAUCUUAAGUAUAACAAUAGGAGGAAAUAAUGUCAAAAAUUUCCAAUAAAAAGUUAAAUUAUUUUCGCAGCGGAUACACUUUAUGUAUGAAAAAAAUCAGUUUGUAUAAAGUUAAAAUGAUAACAAAAUGUGUCAUAUAAAUAUAAAAUGAAGGAAAUAACUUGGAAUUGAUGAUAAUUAAUUCAGCUGAUUUAUUAUUUUACCAUCGCAUAUUAUUAUGUAUGUAGAACAAUUAAGCCUGGACAAUGGAAAAUAUUUAACCGCAAUAAACGAAUUAUUUAUUAAAUUAA